CAAUGAAGGAGACUCAGGAGAAUCAACAAAACGCGGAGACCCAACGGGAACGUUACUAUGCGACGAUUCACAAGGUGGCUUUGCAGCAGGCAACGAAUACGGGCGGAGGGCCCGACAAGAUUCCAGAGACAGCGGAGGACAUCUCGCCGUACGCUACGUUCCAGCUUUCGGAGGGUGGCGGGGGAAGCCUGGCAGGCUUGGGAGGGUUGGGCGGACUGGGAGGCGCGGCGGAAGCUUCAGCAGCCGGCCUCCACCCGAACAACACUCUUCUACACAGUUUCAUGUAUCACGAGCACGCAAUGACCGAAGGCUGCGCCAGCCCUCCACCUGCCGCGACGGUAACUUUAUAUUCAAACAAUUCAAUUAAGAUUGUUUACACAUCCUCUAGUUUAGAAUUUGCGACAAUAUUGCAUUAA